CUGACCUGACCUUGACCCCUCACAGGAUCGGCAGCGUGUCCACAGGGAUUCUGUGACCGGGCCUCAUGCUUCAUCAUUUGUCAUGUUUUGGUUAACAGAGUCAUCGUCAGAGCUCCUGAUUCGCUCGUUUGCAUCUGAUCUGAGUUUUUAUUUGAAUAAAUCAUUUGAAUCUGUGUGAGGUCACAAAUGAGCCUCAGCAUCGUUAACCAAAUGAACUCUAAUGAACCUUUUACUUCUAACAGAGUAUUUAGUCACGGCGAAUGAAUACUUUUACUUCAGAGGAGGAUGACAACGGAGGGAGGAGGAAGCGAUUUAAGAGGUCAGCCUGUCACAGACUGAAUCUCCUCGUGCCGGAUAAUUCAUUCAUCUGAAGGAGAAACUCUCCAUCCUUCAGUUCAAUAUACCUGCAGCUCUCAGCCAUGAGGAGAAGAGAAGUGAUCUUGUUGCUGUUGUCAGGCUGCGUGUCGGUCUGUCACCUUCAGCCCAACGGUCUCGUCAGACUUUUCCAUCCCGUCGAUCAGGAGGCCACCUGGACUGAAGCUCAGCAGCACUGCAGGGAGAUGUUCACUGACCUCGCCACCAUCGAGGAUCACACCAGCAACCAUGAUGCCCUGCAGGUGCUGUCGAGCUCAGAGUUCUGGAUCGGACUCUCUUUCAACAGCAGCUGGAUGUGGUCUUACAAGGACCAGGAAGUUUCAGAGGAAACCUGGUUCACCAGCUGGGCUGAGAAUGAACCGUCGUACAGGGAAUGUGGGGCAGCCUUGGGAAAUGGACAAUGGUCGAUGAAACUCUGUGGAACGAAGCUUUUCUUUGUGUGUUACAGUGCUGAAAGUGACAGACACAUCCUGGUGGAGAUCGCGUUGACCUGGUCCGACGCUCAGGCAUACUGCAGGUCCACGUACACGGACCUGAGCAGCAUCCACAGUGAACAGGACAACCAGCAGGUCGGCAGUCUUCUGUGGUCAGGCACAGGAGGUAUGUGGGUCGGAUGGAUCGGUUUGCACAGAAAAGGGUGGGUGUGGUCGGACAGGAGCAGCGCCCCCUACAGGCAGUGGGCGAAUCAGGAUUUUGAUGGGACCAGAGCAUGUGCGACGAUGACCUCAUCAUCUGACUGGUCCAGAAGCGACUGCAGCAACAGGAACUUCUUCCUGUGUUACACCGAUGUCAGACCGUCCAUGUCGAGGUCGGUGAAGAUUCGGAUGAAAGGAAGAUCUGCAGACCUGAACGACCCGAAGGUGCAAGACGCCAUCCUGCAGCAGCUGCAGCAGAAGUUGAGGGAUGGAGGAAUCCAAGAGGAGGUGAAGUUGCGAUGGAAGAAGCAGCCUGAUGGGAAAGUUUUCCACAGAGAGGAGUGGACAGCGCCCCCUGCUGAGCAGGAGGAAGCAUUGUGUUUAGACUAUUAGCUUAUUGAUUUCUAUUCAACAUCAUGAUUUAGUCUGUGAUCACGUCUGUGUCCUACAUAUUUAGUUUGAAGACUGUAGCACGAUGUUGACCUCAUAUUAAUGUGAACAUGAAUUAUUGUUAUCUAAGACUGACUCAUAUCAAUGUUUAUUCAUGUGUACUG